UGAUUCAGCACUGAUAGAAUUUCCGGUGCAUUAUUCGCCAUCUUUGCUGCGGUAGAAGAUUUUACCUGUCAUCAAAAGCAGAUAUAUUUCCUCCAAAAUAUUUCAAAAUGAGCAGCCGGGACGAACUAGUGCAAUGGGCAAAGUUUGCCGAACAGGCAGAAAGAUUCGAAGAUAUGGCAGAAGCUAUGAAAAAAGUAACCGAAAGCCUGUCAGCAUCCGACAGCAAAGAGCUAACAUCUGAUGAGAGAAAUCUUCUUUCUGUAGCGUAUAAAAAUGUCGUAGGCUCCAGAAGAUCCUCCUGGCGCAUGAUUACCAUGAUGGAGUCAAAAAUUGAAUCUAAUCCAACCAAGCUAGCACUGGCCAAAAAGUUUCGGCAAAAAAUCGAAGAGGAACUAGAGAAGAUCUGCUCGGAAGUUUUGGAAUUGUUAGAAAAGCACCUGUUAGUAAAUGUUACAUCAAUCGACAGCAAAGUGUUCUUCUUGAAAAUGCAGGGAGAUUACCAGAGAUACAGAGCAGAGUAUGCUGAUGAGAGUUUAAGAAGCGGGGUCAUUGAAGAAGCACAGAAGUCGUAUCAACUUGCAUAUGACACCGCGAAAGCCAACAUGAGUCCAACUCACCCCAACCGACUUGGAUUAGCUCUCAACUUCUCAGUGUUUUAUUAUGAGAUUAAGAACAACCCGGAACAAGCAUGCCAUCUAGCCCAACAGGCUUUUGAUGAUGCAAUCGCUGAGCUCGAUACGUUAGAUGAAGAAAUGUACAAGGAUAGUACCCUAAUCAUGCAGCUCCUUAGAGAUAAUCUCAAUCUGUGGACAUCUGACACUCAACAGGAAGGAAAGGGAGAUAAUGCUGAAAAUUAGUGACAUUAUUUUUAAUUGAUAUAUAUAUACAUGCACAUGUGUAGCUUUGACUUCAUAUGUCCUAAAAACUAGUCUCUAUCACUCUGGUAUUAUUUAUUUUCUUGCCUUUUUUUUUUAAAUUUAUAUGCAAUGUUUAUACAUGUGUUGACAUGUCAUUUGUUAUAUAAGUAGAUUUCUUAAUGCAUGGUAUGAAAAUUUAGCCUAAUUUGUUCAGCAUAUCAUCCUAGAUGAAUAUACAUGUAGUUAUUAUACAAAAAUUAUCUGAUACAAUAGAUGAUCUUGACUGAGCAUAAGCAAUUUUUUAAUGAUAUAAUUGUAGAUCUUUUCUUAGAGAUGCCUAAAUCUAAAUGAUUUUAUUGUCUCCUACUCAGGCAAUUGCAGUCAUUUGUAGAAUGUUUAAAAAUACAUAAAGGUGUUAAAGGAGCAACAUAUCUUUCUCUCUGAGUCAUAUCUUUUUCCUACGUAUUGAAUUUGACUUUUACAACCCAUUGUUAAUAGAUUUCGCUAGAUAUUGAUAUUGUCAGCUAUUUGAAAAUCUGUAUGAAUUGAUACAUGUAUAUUGAGAACAUUAUAAACAUAUGAAUAUUUGAGAAUUUUUUUCCAUUUUGGAUUUGAAUACCAAGGCUUAAAGCCAGUUGACCUUUUGACUUUCACCUAGUUUUGUGGUAUAGAUUUUGAUGUGAUUUCACAGAUGUUUUCCAUGUACAUAUGACUAUAUCCUGUUUCAAUACUGUUAUCCUAUUGGAAAAUAGUAUGUUUUCAUAAUUAAGUGUUCAGUCGGUGUGCUUUUGCAUACCAAAAGUCAUGUGGUUUUUUUCUUUGAUGGAGUGUUGUUCAUAUUUCAGCUACUGUGCUUUAUUUUUUGUUGUUACAUUUUACAUGUAUGUUUAUAGAGAUUUUAAUGCAUGUUUUAAAUGAACCAUUUGAUGAGUUGCAAUAUUAACCAAUGUGUGCUGAUGAAAUUGUGUAUGGUAAUUCAUAUAUAUUAAAGAGACAUGAAUGUUGUGAA